AGGCGGUGGGGGCACGGAGCCCAGCGUUCCACCGACUGCGGGUUUGCGCGGCGCCUGUGUGCCCCGCCACCUCCUCUGCGCCGUCCCGCGGGCCGGGCAUGGGCGCGGGCGCCGGCACCAUGAGCGUCCUGGGCAGCCCGGUCCGCGCCUACGACUUUCUGCUCAAGUUCCUGCUGGUGGGCGACAGCGACGUGGGCAAGGGCGAGAUCCUCGCGAGCCUGCAGGACGGCGCGGCCGAGUCCCCCUACGGCCACCCGGCGGGCAUCGACUACAAGACCACCACCAUCCUUCUGGACGGGCGGCGGGUGAAGCUGCAGCUCUGGGACACGUCCGGGCAGGGGAGAUUCUGUACCAUCUUCCGCUCCUACUCGCGGGGCGCACAGGGGGUGAUCCUGGUCUACGACAUCGCAAACCGCUGGUCCUUCGACGGCAUCCACCGCUGGAUUAAGGAGAUCGAUGAGCACGCUCCCGGGGUCCCGAAGAUCCUGGUGGGAAACCGCCUGCACCUGGCCUUCAAGCGGCAGGUGCCCACGGAGCAGGCCCAGGCCUACGCAGAGCGCCUGGGUGUCACCUUCUUCGAGGUCAGCCCUCUGUGCAAUUUCAACAUCACCGAGUCCUUCACGGAGCUGGCCAGGGUCGUGCUGCUGCGGCACGGGAUGGACCGGCUCUGGCGGCCGAGCAAGGUGCUGAGCCUGCAGGACCUGUGCUGCCGGGCGGUGGUGUCCUGCACCCCCGUGCACCUGGUGGACAAGCUCCCGCUCCCCCUGGCCUUGCGAAGCCGCCUCAAGUCCUUCUCCAUGGCCAACGGCCUGAACGCCAGGAUGAUGCACGGUCGCUCCUACUCCGUCACCGUCACCGCCAGCUCGGCCAAGAGGAGCAGCCUGCGCAAAGGCAAGGCAGCCCGGCCGCCCCAGAGCCCCCCCCAGCGCUGCGCCAGGAGCAGCUGCAAAGUCUCCUAGGAGGCGGGAGCGGGCGCACACCGCAGACUCCGGGGGACUCCGCCGUCCCGGGAGCCGGGAGGCCACGCCAGGGCCGAGAAGCACUGGCCAGCCCUCAUGGCGACCGCGCUCCGAGCAACGAGGACCCACGCCACGGUUUGGCGUUGAUGUUUCCACGUGGAUGUGCAUGAAGCUCUUGUGUUAGACGUGUGUUCAUAAAGGGGAGAUUGGUGCUCUGCUUGCCUCUUACUACCAUGCAGUGGAAUGUUAUUGAUGCCGCAGUUGCGGUGCAGAUGUUUCCCUUAGCACAGCUGCUUUGGUGAGAAUGGUGAUGUGCGUGUCUGCGUGUCAGUCCAGGGGACCCCGGCAGCGAUGCCAGGGAACGUAGAGUGGACGCGAGGAGGAAGGCCUUUUUGUAAACCUCCUUCUUAACUAAUUUAUAAACGCUGCGGACGCAUGUGGGAUUAUGGAAAGCUGAUCCGUCCCGCUUCUGUACAAAAUGGGUUUGAUAAAGUUUUUGCUAUGUUA